GCGGGUGGGUGUGUGGGUUUGCGAAAACACGCGCGCGCGUCUGUGCAGUAACUACCCCGUAGCGCGUCGCAACCGUCGUCGCCCGGCCAUCAAGUGAUGUGUACCAGCGCGCGUGUUUAUAUACAUCAAAUAUAUUGUACGUAUUAGGUACACCGUCCGCGCGCUGCAACUGUUGUAGUUAAGACGCGGUACAUAUAGCGCCACGCGACCACGGACCCUAUUGCAGUUAACUACCUAUAUGCCAUCGUCACCACUGUCGCCGUUUUUUUGGCGCGAUUUCGGCAAACGAGAUGCUGCCUCCCCGGCCCCUAGCCGUUCUACCGCUGCACGUCAUGACACAGCAAUGAAAAAUGUCUAAGAAAUUCCGACGGUUCUACGAGACCGCGUUUGAUUCAAAAAUCAGCAAAUCGGACGAAGACCUGCUGUCGGCCGAAAAACAGGACUCGGCCAUCGCUCACCGUCUGUCCAACCAGUUGCAGCUGUCGGCCAGCGCCAGUUCCGUUCGGCAAUACGACGACGAGGACGAAGACGACGCCGUCCCCGCUGCCGCCACCGCAGCCACCGUUCGUGCUUCGCCGUCCUGCAGGAUGCAAUGCAAAAACCGGUUGUUCGGGUUCCUGUUGCGGAAGAAACGUAGUGGCGGCGCGGGUGGCGGCCGAAAAUUAAAUAGUGUCUACAAGUACCGGAGUUCGGACAGCGUGGUGACCAGUAGCAGCCUCAGUCUGGAGUCAAUCACCAGCGAUUCGUUGAGCUCACACAGUUCCGAGUCGCCGUGUUACAAGCGGUUUCCGGUACCACACAUCCUGUCACCGAUCUCGGACAAGUCGGCGCAGGAUGCCGGCACCGAAUUUUUGGAUUACGAACACCGGAGGUCGUCUGCCGCUGGCUCCGCAGUCCCCGUCGUCGCUGGGGCUGUAAGCGCCACUGCAACCGCCACUGCAGCGGUCGCGCCGAUCAAGACCAAACCACCGCAAUCAUUAGGCCUGAUAAAGCUCAACAGCGACCAUAUGCAGCAUCACGGUUCUGACAGCGGCAUAUCCGUGGGAUCGAAACCAGGUGACAACUACCAGGAGCUGUUGGACGUGCCGUUCGACAUGCCAAAGCUCAGGCGCAGGCAGAGAUCCGAAGAGGGCCCGACUACGGUGUUGUCAACGACAUCUUCGUCGUCAUCGUCGUCUUCGGAUUGCGCUGGACGUCCGGUGCUAGCACCACCGCGGCCGCAAGGACUUCCGUUUGACAUGCCGAAAUUGAGGAGAAGACAGACGAAUGCCGGCUGCGGUCCCGGCGGUGUCGAGUUGCCGUUCGACAUGCCGAAGCUCAGAAAGAGGCAGAUGGACAGCUGUGCUAGGGUCAUAUCGUUAGACUUCGAGAUUGGCAGCGAUGAGGACGCUUAUAGUGCUCGUUCCGGUGUCAAACAUCCGGCUGACAGGACUAAAAGCGAACAGCUCGAAGAGCUUCCAUUUGACAUACCAAAAUUAAAGAAGAUUAAUUUACACAACGAGGACGAAAAAAAACCUGAUAGGAGUACUUUGUUUCUCAAUGUGCUUCCCAACAAUUGUGCUGCUGUCAACGUAAAUAAUAAACAACUGUCAAAAACCUUCCAAAACAAAAAUCAACCAAACCGUCCAACAUUAAGUUUAUGCAACAUAAAGCCUUUAAAUUGUGUAGAAGACAUAGACGUUUCUUUACCCUUAGAUCAGCAAUGUUGGUAUCACGGACCCAUGAACAGACUUGAAGCUGAAAAAGCUUUGCAUGGUCAAAAGGAAGGAACCUAUUUAGUAAGAGGGAACAAGGGAUCAUAUGCGUUAUCAAUUAAGAGUGCUAAAGGUUUUAUUCACAUGAGAAUAACACAAUCUGGAGAAAGAAAUUAUUUGGGCCAAUCGGAUAGACCCUUUGAAACUAUACCUGAUCUCAUUAAGCAUUAUACACUGAACAAGCUUCCAGCCAAAGGAGCCGAGCAUGUAGGUCUCAUUAGACCUUUAGCCCACCAAAUCCAAAUGUUGUAAUCUCUGACCAUUUAAUUAAAAAUGUUAUUUUCCUUCCAUUUUAAAGUAUAAAUUAAAACUGUGAUAGAAAAUAAUAACAUAUUAUACGCCAUUAUUAUUAUUAUAACUAUUAUUGUUUAUGUUUUGAAAUAAUACCAUAUCGAAAUUAAGUGCAAUAUAGAGUUUAGUUAUGUAUUAUUACCUUUAUAAGUAUUUGUGUUCGUAUUAUAAUAAAACAAAGUAAUUUUAUGCAAUUGAAAUGUAAAAUAAGUACUUGGAUGUAAUUUAAUUUUGUAUACCUAUAAUAUUAAUAUACUUAGUCCAAAUUAUAAUUAGAACAUUUUACAUUGAUGUAGUAUAUAGAAAUAUAUUUUUGAAAAACAUACAAACAUUAUUGGUUUCUUUUAAAUUAGAACUAUACGUUUUAUAACUUUGUUUUCGAUAUACAAAUGUAGGUAGGUACCUAACCAGUUUUAUUCUUCAAGAAAUAUUUUUCAACAUUCCAUUUUUAUGCGAUUCUAUUGUCAAUUAGAAAAAAAAACGUUAAAACAACUUAGCUUUUUAAAAUGAAAAUUAAUGUUUCAUUAAAUGUAAAAAUGAAGAAAAAAUGUGUUAAAGAUUUCAGAAAUAUUUGUAAGAACAACAUUUAAAAUAACAAUCCAAAUAGUGGAUCGUUAAAUAUUUAAAUAUUUAGAUAAUUAGACAUUAAAUAAUGCAUACAUUACAAUAUUGUAAUGCAUUGUUCGAUAAGCUCCAUUCUUCGUAGAUAUUGAAUCAUAGUGAGUAGGAACAAAUGAUAUAGCUGGUGUUAAAAAAACACAGUAAUGAGAUCUUCUUCUUGUCGAGCCUGGUUUUAAAAUGCCAAUAUUAAUAGUACUAAUAAUGAUUUAGAUACAAACAUAAUAAUAAAAAAAAGGGGGAAAAAAUGCAUUAUCUGUAAUAUACUUAUAGGUAAUAAUGUAAUAUAUAAAGAAGAAAAAUUGUUUGUCCGUUUGUUCAGGGUAAUCUCUGGAAAUACUUAACCUAUUUUAACAAAUUUUACCAUCAUAAAGGUACACUAUCCCAAGGAUCUAUAUGCUGUAUUAUAUCUCGAUAAGUGAACCUUAUUUUUUUUAUUGUGAAUUUGAGAUUUUUUAUAGAAAUAAUAGAAAUAAUAAUAUAUUUUUGUUUAUUAUAAGGUUGCCAUUGGUUACAAAAAAUAAAAUAGUUACCUAUUAUAAUUAAAUAUAAUUUUAGACCUGUAUUUUAUAUUUGGUCAAAAUCAUAUUAUUAUAACUUUACAAAAACGGUAUUCCUUACGUUUUUUUUCUACUGUUGUCCUGGAACCAAUGCAUAUGUACUUCUUAAACACUGUGGUACUCAACUUGUUAAUAAAACAUUCGUAAUUACUAUAGUUGUGUAUAUAUAUUAUUAUAUUAGUAAUAAUUUUGUUGUUGAAUAUAUCAUUUAAAAUUUUUUUAAUUUGAUUUCAAUUAUAUUAUGACGAAGAAAUUAGUAAUUCGUGAAUCUAGAAUGAAAAGUUUCUAAAUAGUUUUCAUGAAAUUGUUCAGGAGAGUAAUUUUAAGGUUUGAGUUCAAAUAUUUUUUUUCCUUGUACAAAAUUUUUUUUUAUUCUUGGGGUUCUCAAGCAUAUAGCAACUUGCAUAGUUUAGUUCACAAAACUAUAAUAAUAAUUUGCUAUAAUAGUUGAUAAAAAAAUUAAUAAAAUACAAAUUAUAAAUUGU